CCAUUCAGUUGCUAUAGUUAUACCAUGCAGAGCGGACGAUUGAGUUAGGAUCGGUUGUGAAUGUCUGAUCUGCCGCAGUGAUAUAUAUGAGGAAGUGUAAAUAGACAGUUAUGAAUCCCCUACUCAUUGUCAUUCUUGCAAUUGGAUUGUUUCAGAAAGAUGCGCUAUGCCGUACCGUAAAAAACAGGGCAGAGGAUAAAAUUAUUGUUCUUCAAAAUGACGAAAUGGAGCCUACAAUUUUGGACUGUGAUUAUGAAGUCGAGGAAAAUUCAACGUCUGUCAUCGUAAAAUGGUACAGAAAUAAUGAUUCGUUAUAUCAGUGGAUUCUUGGGAGUCCCCCGCAUGCUAUCCCCAAGUUUAGUGACGAAAUAGACAUAACCUAUGAGGGUUCCACGGAGCCAAGAAAGCAAUACAGCUCUUUGGCACUUAUAAACCCUUCGAUCAACACAACUGGAAAUUACAAGUGUGAUGUUCAGACCAGUUCAAAUAGGUACACUGUUUUCCAGAGAGUUCAGGUUAUAGAUAUACGAAACUACACGUUGGAAUUGUCCCACAAGACUGUACACAACGAAACCCAGCUGAAUUGCACCGUGACGAAUGUCUAUCCCAAGCCGACUAUCACGAUCAUUUCAAAUGACCAAGAUGUCGUUAAGAGGGAGCCCAAUCUGUAUGAGGACGAGGAUGGCUACUUCGAUGGCAGUGCCAUUGUGGCGACGUAUGACAGUGAUGAUGAUCCCGACGCCUAUCAGUGCGUGGUUUCAUUCGAUGGAUACGAGAAGAACUUGACCACUGUGGCCACAUCAGCAUCGGCGGGAAUUAGUCACGUCGAUUCCAACCUGUGGCUGUUUUGUUUUCUGUACUACUUCCUCUCCAAGCUGAAGGUGUUAAUCUAAAUAAAAACGUUGUUAUUUAUUGUUACUAAAAUUA